GCUGAAUAAGGAAAACAAGAGGAAAAUUAGUAAUUUUAAAGUAAACAUUAGAGAUUAUAUAAAAUAGGUAAAACUAGACUGUUGGAUAGAAUCAAGGCAAAGAGUAGGGAGCCAUCAUGAAGAAUACAGCUUCUGUAAUUUUUAUAAUUAUCAGUAUGAUGAAUGUUGCAUCUGCCUCUAAUAUUCUGCUGUUUCACAAUCUAGGGACAAAAUCUCAUCUUCACAUGAUCUUCCCGAUCAUUGAUCAACUUCUUGAAAAUGGGCACAGUGUAACGGGUGUGUUCUAUGCUUCAGCUGGAGUAGAGCAUAAUAACUAUACUGAGCUUGUUAUUCCUGAUCUCUACGGAGCUAUGAUAGAUCGUGUAAGUGAUCUCUACACUGGAAAUCAGAACAAAGGUAGAACAUUCCUGGAUCCAAGCCACCUGAUCACCAUGUUUUCUGAAUGGGAAAACAUCAUAACCGGAGGAACAAGAAUGUUUCAAACCCCAGCAUUUAAAUCACUGGCAAGCUCUAACUUUGACCUUGUGCUGACCUUCAACCCCUGGGGGUUUUACUUCGGAGAUCUGUUUGAUUGCCCGGUCAUUGUUUUCUCACCUCCAGGAGCAUUUCCCAGCCACACACAGCUGUUGGGUAACCCGUUCAACCCUAGUUACCAACCGGUUUUAACUAAUGAUUUCUCAGAUCCGACCAGCUUUCUCCAGCGGGCAAAGAACUUUGCAAUGUAUCACGUUAUGGAUCUAAUUUUUAGACGCUUUGCAGAUUCUGUAGUGACCUCAAGCAUGCGGAAACAAAUUGGAUAUCAAGGCCCAACAAUGUUUGAGAUUGCAGAAAGGCGCUUAGCACUGAUUCUGAGCAACAGUCAUUUUAUCACCCACACCCCUCAACCACUUUUGCCUAAUGUUGUUGAUGUAGGUGGAAUACACAUCAAUUCAAAACAAAAACCUCUCCCAAAAGAUCUAAAGAAGUUUCUAGACUUAGCGGUAAACGGUGCCGUGUAUGUUUCCUUUGGCUCUGCAAUACGAACAAGCCUCAUGUCUGCUGAGAAGAUAACUAUUCUAAUGGAUUCAUUCAAAUAUCUUAAUGUUCCUGUAAUUCUAAAAUGGGAUGAAAACCUGACAGAUGUCACUGAUAAUAUAUUUGUUAGACAAUGGCUUCCCCAACAAGAGAUCCUUUCACAUCCAAAUGUUAAAGUUUUUGUGACCCAUGGAGGUCUGCUUAGUGUAAUGGAGGCGCUUCAUACUGAAACAGUUAUGGUCGGGAUACCUUUAGCCACGGACCAAUUUGCAAACCUUGGACGAGCAUCUAAACAUAACAUAGCUAAACAGUUAAACUGGGAUGAUUUGACUACAGAGUCUUUAGUAGCAGCAAUCUCCAAUGCAAUGAAGAAUAACUCUAUGAAAAGCUCGAUGAGAAAGUUAGGAAGACUCUUCAGAGAUGAGAAGGAAAGCCCGUUGGAGAGAGCAGUUUGGUGGAUAGAAUUUGUUCUUAGAAAUAAAGGAGCCAGCUUUUUCAAGCCUGAAUCCUUGAAUUUGUUUUGGUACCAGUAUUAUCUACUAGAUGUCCUUCUUGUUCUAUUUCUAACACCGUUUCUUUCUAUCCUUGUUCUUGUUAAGUUAAUUCUAUUAUAUUCAUCUAACACCCAAAAAGAAAAAGUCGAUUAGACAACUUCAAAUGCUGAUGUUCGAUUCUGACCAUUUAAAGACAUGUACAUGGUACAGAGUUAACAGCAAAAAUAAGACAUUUAUGCUAACAUGAAAGCCUAAUGAUUCAAUUUAGUCUUCAAAGAAAGAAAUACAUGUAAAGCUGUCCCAAGCCAGGAAUUAAAAAAAUUUAUACAAGUUUUACAAAUCCUGUAAAUAGUUCAAGUAUUAAAUCAGUAAUGUGUUUGCACUGAAUCUCAUAUAGAAUAAUAAACUUAGAAAUGUGAA